CCAUAAACGCGAAAGUACAAAAUCAUGUCGUAACUCCGAGCUCCGAAAAUAUGUAUAGAUAUCCAAACAAUUUCGUCGUUGACAAAGUGUUGACCUUGUUGAACCUGAAACUAUUUAAAUGAUCCAUCUUCCUUGCCCCUACCCCUCAUCCACAAACAUCAAUCCAACAUCAUAAAGAAAGUGUUCAUGAAUUUCAGAAUGGCCUCUAAACUCGCUCUCGAUUCUACCAGGAAGCUCAAUUCAGGCUACCAGAUCCCUCUUCUUGGCUAUGGAGUCUACAAGGUUCCCGCUGAACAAGCCCCCGACCUCUGCAAGAAGGCUAUCGAGAUAGGCUACCGCCAUAUCGACUCUGCUUCAGGGUACUACAACCAGGGCCCUAGCGCAGCUGGACUCCUAGCGUCUGGCGUACCUCGCUCAGAGCUCUUCUUCACUACCAAGAUCUUCACCAGGCAGUUUCCUUUGAACUACGAGAAUGCACACAAGCAGGUAGACAUUGCUCUCGAUGAGACGAAGCUCGAUUAUCUUGACCUUGUUCUCAUUCAUGCCCCGUAUGGUGGACCUGAUGCCCGAAAGGGUGCCUGGAGAGCUCUUGCUGAGUGCGUCGAAGCUGGCAAGGUGCGAUCACUCGGUGUUUCCAACUACGGUGUUCAUCAUCUAGAUGAACUAGAGGCAUACAUUAAAGAACUCGAUGCCGAGCUUGGACCGGGCAAGGGAGGCGUCAUCUCGGUCGGGCAGUGGGAGGUGCACCCGUGGCUUACACGACCUGACAUCGUCAAGUGGUGCCAGGACCGAAACAUUGCAGUUGAGGCUUACUGCCCCAUUGUGCGUGGUGAACGAUUUGAUGACCCCAAGGUCAAGACCCUCGCGGACAAGUAUGGUAAGAGUCCAGCACAGGUUCUUCUUCGGUGGAGCUUGCAGAGGGGUUAUGUUCCUCUGGUGAAGAGUGUAACGCCUUCAAGGAUUCUAGAGAAUGCUCAAUUGUUCGACUUUGAGUUGACGGAGGAGGAAGUGAAUGAUUUGGCAACUGAUGAGUAUAGCCCUUGUGCUUGGGAUCCUACUCUUCAAGAGUCUGGGAAGUCCAUUAUCCAUGAUUCAACGGAUCUUGCUGUCUUACAAGAAUUGGUGUUUGUCAUACUGUUAUUGUUCAUGGACACACGUGAUCUCGUUUCCACCUCGCGUCAGUCCCCUCCCCCACGCGUUCCAUGCCACUCCAAACUCAAUCACCACCACCAACUUCAUCACACCACAUCCGCCUGUCGUGCAAGCUGGCCAAAUGUCGUCUUCAAGUUCAACAUGGGCCAGCGAACGUUCACGGUCAUCCCGAAAUUCCCGGGUCGUGCGGAUUCUCCCGACAAACCGCCCUUACGGCCCAUGACCUCGAAACAAGUCCGGAACGCCUACAAAGCAGCCAACAAGGGUCCUAAACUCACACGGGAGGAGUCACGGAGACAAGAGAGGGCCGAACAGGAAAGAAUCAGAAAGGAAUUCGAACGGGAGAAGGCUGCUGCCAAGGCGAAGGUUGCGAGGGACAAGAAGAAAGAGAAAGAGUUGGUGGAGAAAGAAGCGAAACGAAAGAAAGGAUUGCCUCUGGUGAAUGUUCGACCCAGUCAGGAAACGAUUUCAUGGUUUGUGAGAGGGAAUGGUACUUCAAAGAAGAGAGAUGCCCAAGGCAACGACAUUCAAGACGACAAUGCGACGUCGAAUGAGAGUAAUACGGACACGAAUGAAGCGAUAACAAGCGAAGAACAACCACAACAACCGGCAACCAAGGCGCAGAAGCUUGAUGACAUACAGGAAGACGAUGAGGAAAUUUCUGAUGCUGCUAUGGAAGCCAUUGUCGAGGACCUACCAAAACCGCUACGGGAAUCACCAAAGCCUCAAUCACCUGAAGGGGGAAAAGAGACCAUCGCAGAACCUACAGAACAAACAGCAGCCCUUGUUGCGUCGGAAACGGCACUAGAAAAAUUACCAAUGCCCGAAAUAGAGCUAGAAGGAUUGGAGGACGAAUUAGAUGCGGAUUUCGAGGAAGAUCUGGCCCUGGGAAUUCUUGAGGAUAUUGAAGCAGCUAUGGGCAAUCCAAAAUCCAAUAUGAAUCACGGAGUCCAGAAGAUCUGCAACCAAAUAUCAGAAGAAGCACUUGACACGACGAAGCAACCACUGGAAGUCACUAGGAAUGACAUUUCAAAUCGCUAUGCAGAAGACUUGGGCUUAAAGCGACCUGCUCCUCCAGUCUCUUUUGCCAAACCGCCUCUUCCUCAACGCAAUCUAGAAUCACGAUCCCCAAGUCCACCACACCAAGAACCACCCAUGAGCACGCAAGCGAUUCUCUUCAACCUGGAUGAUUUCUUCCCUUCAUCAUCUCAACAAGUCCGAGAACUUGAGGAAGAGCUGGAUGAGGGCAUAAUGCCAUCUGCCCCCUUACACUUGACUCCUAUUGCAGAAGAAGAGGAAGAGGAAUCUUUCGAUGAAGGACUAGAGAAAUCCUCAGACCAGCCCCCCUUACCAGCACUUGAACCUGCCUCGGACUCGCCACCUCCACCACCAAGACGUUUCUUCACUUCUUCCGGCUCACACGAAAGAAUGUGUCUAGCUAUUCAGAGAAGUCGUCGUACAGCUGCGCUUGAGAAGAUCCAGCAACGCGAGCUCGCUCGCAUGCAGGCUGGUAUGAUAGAGCAAGCUCAAGCAGAGUCUCGCAGAAUUUGCAAACCGCGUGAACCUAUGAGAAAACCACCAGUGUUUUCCAACCCUCCUCCACAUGCAGCUCAAUGCAAUCAGCCACGAAAACCUCCGUUUAAGACAUCACCAACACUACAGAAAACACCACACACUAGUACGACAACUUCCGCAAAGCGAACUGAGCCUCAACAAUCUAAACAACCUCUUAAGAAACCCUUACCUAGACUAUCCAACAACCCCAACAUUAUGAACCCUCGGAUUCCACCAAAACGAGUAGAGACUCCAAAACAACACCUACCACCACUUCAGCAAGAAAGCAAAGAGAACCAGAAGCCGCCACAACAGCCUUUUGCACCUAGUGCUUCGCAAGAGUCAUAUGGCGGCGGAUGGGUCGACGAUUUGGACCUAGACCUCAUGAUAUAA